AUGGAUUUCUCAGAGCAAGACGUAGAAAUCUUCGGCGAGGAGUUCGAGCAAGAAGAAGAAGAGGACGAUGAACACUCACAUCAACUCAAUCCGAAGCAACCCAACGACGACGACGAGGAACACAGCGCCGAUUCGUCGCCGGCCUCCUCUUCCUCUUCGUCCUCGUCCUCGAUGUUUGGUGACGAGGAUGAGAUCGAGGAGGAGGAAGAGGAGGAGGAGAGAGAUCUAUUUGGUUCUGAUAAUGAGGAGUAUGUGAGGACUGCAGCAAGGAGUCGGUUCCCGGUUCCAGUUCUACCUCCUCAACAAAUUACAAAUAAUCAUGGAAGAGGAGGCUUUGGUGGGCGUGGUAGAGGAUCCGGCCUGCUUCCGAGACCAGGUCCUUAUCCCCAAAGGCAAAAUUUUGGUUUUGGUCGCUUUUCCAAUGGACGUAAUCCUGAGAAUUUUGUUUCUGAAAUGAGGCUCACGAAGAGUGAAGAAACUCUAUCUCGAAAAGCAAUUGCAUUUCAGGAGCCUUGCGAGAUUGCAUGCUAUAGCCGGGUUGAAAGUGGAGAUGUCUAUUUUGAUGAUCGUAGCUUGAGACUUUUCAAACGUAUGAUAUCUGAGGAUGUUGGAGCAAAUUUGAAUAUGGGGUUCGAGUCAUUUAUUGAAAAAAGAGAUAUGGGUGAUGAAGGGUUUGGUCAUCUCCUUGGGUGCAUAAGGAACACAAACAUUCCUCUCCAGAAUAUACAUUUCGUGACUUUUCGCAACAACCUCAAUAAGAUACUAGCUACAGCUUACAUAAGAAAUGAGCCAUGGAAAAUGGGCGUUCAUAAAAGGAAAGGUGUUGUUUAUCUCAAUGUGCAUAAGCUUCCUGAAAGGCCAAAAAGUGAGAUUGACCGCAGAAGAUGCUAUUGGGGAUAUUCGUUUGAGAAUCUUGCCACUGAGAACUCUAGAGAAAUAGAUGGAGAUGGCAAAGGUAUUGAUGCAAAUGUGGAGUUCUGUGCUGUAAUUAAAACCAAGUUAGGGGCACAUCGUAUUAUUAUGGGUGCAGAGAUGGACUGCUGUGAUUCACCUGAUGAUGGCAGAAAGUUCUACAUAGAACUGAAGACAAGCCGUGAGUUGGAUUACCGCACUGAAGAAAGAUACGAGAGAGAGAAAUUGCUUAAAUUCUGGAUCCAAUCGUUCCUAGCAGGUGUCCCAUUUAUUGUUGUUGGGUUCAGGGAUGAUGCAGGCAUAUUAGUUCGUACUGAGAGGCUACGAACUAAGGACAUAACACAGAGAGUGAAGAUGAAAAGUUAUUGGCAGGGGGGCGUAUGCCUCGCAUUUGCUGAUGAGGUCCUGUGUUGGCUGUAUGGAACUGUCAAGGAGAAUGAAGAUUAUGUUCUGCAGUUUGUUCACCCUUUUCAACGCCUAGAGCUCCUUCGAGUCCAGUCUUGUCCAGAUUCAAUCACUCAACAUGUCGAGCAACUCUGAACGACUGAGACCAACAAAUUUUUUGCCCCCUCCUUUCUCACAACGAUAUAAAUCACCAUCAUAUCCUUGGCGGUCUUCAUGAGCGUCGAUGUAUGUAACAUAAAUUAAUCAACUAAGUAAAACAACCACUUGUGUUGCAGAUGUAGCAGUACUUUUAUAAAGUUUUGAUCAAUAUUCUAUGAGAAUGGCUCCAUUAACUUAAUU